CCGGCGGGUAGGGUUGGCGAUCCAACAUGUGUUGGCGAUAAGACGCACUUCCUCUUUUGCGCAGUAUCGCCCUGUUCUUUGUUCCUGGACAGUGCCGCGCUCCCGGAGUCUCCAAGUUGGACCUCGUGCCACUCCCACUCCAAGCAAGUGCACGGGUGCUGAGCUCCCAAUAACACCUCCCCCCUUAUCUCUUAGACAUGGUCCCGUAGGUUUCCUAUAAAGGUUCGCGGGCGCGACGUGGCAUCGUCUCUCCUGUCCUUACGAGAAUAGGGGUAACCAACGCCACCCGUCGAAAUCCAGAGAAAAGGCACCAUGGCCCAGGUGAAAGGCCCUCUAGGGGCGUUAUCCAUACUAGCCGCGCUGUUCUGUAAUGUGUUCGCAUCCAAGAACAACCACUGUCCGCCUUUGGGACCUGUUCUCCCGGCACCAACGAGCCCGAGCUCGCACCCGGACGUUCAAGUAGCUACCGCGACUUUGGGGCAAGUAAUCAAUGCCACAACGGGCACCUUCAACGCUACGGCAGUGUCGAUCAGCGUCAAGUCGGUCCACGAGACAUCCCCCCUUUUCGAUUUUCACCACACACCACCCCAGCUCGAUCCCCGCGGGGCCUCGCUGAUCGACGCCUCGACGCUCUACCGGAUUGGCAGCGUCACCAAGGUGUUCACGGUCCUCACAGCGCUCAAGACCUCCGGGAUCCGCAUGGAGGACCCUAUCACCAAAUACCUCCCGCGACUGAGGGAGCUGAAGCAGCAGAAGAACGGGCCGACCGACCAUAUCACGGCCGUCGACUGGGACGAUGUUACCCUCCACGCUCUGGCUUCGCACAUGGGCGGCAUUGGGUCCGACCUUGUCACCGACCUUGCCAGCUUCCCCGUAGACUUCACCAAACUCGGGCUACCGCCAGCCCGCGACGUGCUCGGCUGCGUCGGAUUUCAAGGCAUUGAGGCAUGCAACGAGACUGAUUUCUGGGAUAACUUUGGGAAGCGGAAUCCGGUUUAUGCACCCUACAACCGGCCCCUAUACUCGAACACGGCUUUCUUCUUGCUCAGCCUGGUGGUUGAAUCGGUCUCGGGCAUGCCGUUCGACGAUGUUAUCCAGAGCCUCAUCUUCGACCCAGCCGGCAUGGCAAGCACAUCAUUUGCGAAGCCCGACGACAAGCUCGGGGCUAUCAGCGUAGGAAAUUUAGACUGGAGCACUCCCAUGGGAAUCGAAAAUCCCGCCGGGGGUUUGUACUCGAACACUAAGGACCUCCUAGCCUUCGCCGAGUCGAUCCUCACGAACAAGUUCCUCUCUCCGGCGCAGACGCGCCGGUGGCUCAAGCCGGUGACCUUCACGUCGUCGUUGGGCACAUUCGUCGGGGCGCCGUGGGAGAUCGUCCGCGCGGAGAACAUCACGUCAGACGAGAGGCUCGUCGAGCUAUAUACGAAGGGCGGCGACGACGGGGCGUACCAUGUGAUGCUGGUACUGGUACCGGACUACGACCUCGUGGCGGUGAUCCUGACGGCGGGGCCCGAGUCUAGCUCGGGUUUCGUGCAGGCGCUCGCGUCGCAGGUGGUCGCGGCGCUAGUCCCGGCGAUCGACACGGCCGGCCAGCACGCCGCGGCGGCGACCUACGUGGGCACGUACGCCGACGCGGCGACAAACUCGACGCUGACGCUCGCGCUCGACGGCGAGGGCCCCGGCCUGGCUAUCACGCACUGGUCCGUCCGCGGCACCGACGUGCCUGCACACUGGCUCAACUACAUGUCCGCCCUGGCGCAGGCCCUACCGCCCAUCCAGGUGUCGGCGCGGCUGUACCCAGCGGGGUUGGAGGGGGCCGGGGGGAGGUCGGCGUGGCGCGUCGGCGUCGACCUCGGCACGCCCGAGGACAUCGCGCGGGGCAACGCGGGGCUGGUCUGGGCGCAGGGCUCCUGCCUUGCCUGGGCGCUGAUGGACCGGGUUGUCUACGAGUUCGGCCCGCUCGACGAGAUCAUUUUCGCCCUGGAAAGGAGCGAGUCGUACGGUGACGUUACCGCCGUGAGUGUCGAGCUGGUAGGCUUCCAGACAACGUUGCGCAGGGUUGAGGUCUAGAUCCAGGGUACGACCUCGUGAGACGAAGGAGCCGGCUUAUAUGUAUAUCGAAGCCCACAUGAUUUCCAUUACGCACAGGUUGCUUUCGGAAAUUCCCAUCACUGACAGAAUUCCUAAGCUGCCGCUGGUUUAACUUGAGCUUCCCUGAACUAGGCUGAGCCUACUUAUUCUUAAAUAUACCUCUCUUAUAUAUACCUAGUAAAUAAACUGCGAUACCGAAG